CCCUCCGGAGUGUAGCCUGAAACAAACUGCUCUGUAUUGCCUGGCUAAGAAUGGCACCUGCCGGCCUCAUUUUCAUGGCUCAAAGCGGCCUGCUCACUUCGAAAGAGAAAAAUAAACUGAGAAAACCGGCGGUGGAGAAAAUGCGCCGCGACCGCAUGAACAGCAGCAUCGAGCAACUGAAACUCUUGCUGGAGAAGGAAUUCCAGAGGCACCAGCCCAACUCCAAGCUGGAGAAAGCUGACAUCCUGGAGAUGACCGUGGACUACCUAAAAGAGCAGAGCUGGCUGCAUUUGAAAGCCAGGGAUCCUUCUCAUAAAGAUACCCAGCAUGACUUCAAAGAAGGCUACUCGAGAUGUCUCCAAGAGGCCUUCCGAUUUAUGUCUCUCCACAAGAUCCACUCCGGAACCCAGGCCAUGCUGACGAACCAUUUCCAGAGGAAUCAACUGUCCACCCCUGAAGUCAAUUCACCUUCUGCCUCAAAAUACUCAUCCUGUAAAGGUGUCCAGACACUCUGGAGACCCUGGUAGACAACUGGAAGUUUGGCAAUGGACAUUCACUCCAGAAGAAGGGCUGGGUUUCCUAUCCCAUCACCCAGCCUUGGUCUUCUUCUUUGUAGGGAAUAUUACUUCCCUUUUGCAUUAUUUAUUAUGUGGGUGGAGUGGAGAGCGUUUGAAAGAAUUCGGGGUGUUUCUCCAGUAGGUGAAAAGUUACACGCAGCAACAAUCCAAUCUGGGGAGGGGCAAGUAGCUUCAUAAUGAAGAUUGUGUGUGUCUUUAAGGGCAGGUGAUACGUUGUUUUACAACUGUUAGUAUGAUUGUCAAAUCGUGGUGGUGCCAGAUGUUGUAGUAGGAGAAGAUUCUCUGCAUAAUUGUAAAAAUGUCCGGCUUUGCUUCCGGGUGGCUUUUACAAAGCGGAUCGCUGACUUCUCAACACCAAAUCCUGUCCGCUUUGAAAGACUACCAGGUUUUCUUUUUCUUUAAAGAAGGCCAAGCGAAAUGCUGCGAUUUUUUUACUUGCAUUUUUUCCUCUGUUUCUUAGGAAAACGAUACCUUUUUGCUUUAUAUUAAAGAAAAUGUCUGAUGAGAGAUAAAUGUUUCUCUAGCAUCACAUGUUUCGAUGCUAAGAUUGAUGCUCUCUGUUGGUUUCAUUGAAACAAUGAUUGUCUCCUCUCUGAUGGGGGAUGUUUCCAUUCAUGAUGGAUGGGUGUGUUGUGUCCUGUUGUCAGGAUCUUUGAAUAGUGUGCAUACAGUGUAUGCCUUUUGUACGACAUUAUUUGUAAGAAGAAAUAAAAGAAAAAACUCUU